AUGCCUGAGACGGAGCUGUGGCCAGCAGGGCCUGGCUCAGAACCUGUGACCCGCGUCGGCAGCUGUGACAGCAUGAUGAGCACCACCUCCACCCACUCUGGAUCUAGUGACAGCAGCUACGACUUCCUGUCUGCUGAAGAGAAAGAGUGUCUGCUUUUCCUGGAGGAAACCAUUGGGGCACUGGACACUGAGGCUGACAGCGGACUGUCCACUGACGAAUCUGAGUCGGCUACAACACCCCAAGGAUCCCUAACAUUGCCCAUAACCCAGCUUACUCCCUGGGGAAAUCCAGAGGGGACAACCACUCAUCAAGAACCAGAGCCAAGGAGAGUGACUCAGUCUCACUCAUCCCGUCCUCCUGAGCCCCAAGGUCUGGGCCUGAGGUCUGGCUCCUACAGCCUCCCACGAAAUAUCCACAUUGGCCAAAACCAGAACCUCAGGAAAAGUACCACCCAAGCUAACAGCCACAUCCCUGGAGACGCUGAGGAGCUUGUAGCAGAGCCAGAGCAAGUCAAUCAGAGAAGUGUGCCCAGUCAGGCACCUGCCAGCCCCCAGGGGGCUGCCCCAGAUUUGGACGUGGUCCUCAUCCCUCCUCCAGAGGCUUUCCGGGACACCCAGCCAGAGCAGUGUAGAGAAGACAGCUUGCCCAAGGGACCAGGACAGCAGAGUCACACACUCCAGCCCCACAUGCCAGUCAGCUCCCAGAAGAGAGAGCAGAUUUCUUCAGAGACCAUGUCCCAAAAAGCCAAAGAAAAAGAAUCAGAGGGGAAUGCAAGACGACCACAGCCUCAGCCUGCCAUGUUGUCUCAGAAUGCAAGAGCUGAGGAUACUCCCCUCCCAUCAGGGGAGGACCCAAAUGCCCGACUGGGUCCUAUCACGGCCCCUAAGCCCCGGAAGUUGCCACCUAAUAUUGUCCUGAAGAGCAGCCGAAGAAGUUUCCAUAGUGAUCCCCAGAACUGGCUGUCCCGCCACACUGAGGCUGCCUCUGGAGAUUCCAGUGUGGUCUCCUCAUCAGUGCAGGAGCAGAGGAAAGCACGCAGGGAAGCACUGGAGAAGCUGGGGCUACCCCAGGACCAAGAGGAGCCUGGCCUCCACUUAAGUAAACCCCGCAGUUCCAUCAGAUUCAAGGAGCCUCGUGAUCAGCGCCCUUCCCCAGCCCCUGCCCCAGCUCCAGCACAGCCUGCAGGUGCAGCUCAGAUCUCAGCAGCGGUGCCGGCUGCAGGGAAGCCUCCAGGUCCUGCACGGGGACCUUCACCAAAGCAACCUCCUGCUCCGACUCUAGCUCAGGGAUCUUCUCCAAGCAAAGUUUUGAUUCCUGCCCAGGAAACCUCUCAUGGGAAUGUUACAUCUGCCAAAUCCAUGCCAAUUUCCAUCCCCAAGGCACCAAGGGCAAAUAGUCCCCUGACCCAGCCAGACUCAGGGCUGACUCUCCAGAAAAGCAGCAUCCCUGGUCUGAGACAGAUGAACUUCAAGUCCAACACUCUGGAGCGUUCAGGUGUGGGGCUGAGCAGCUACCUCUCAGCUGAGAAAGACACCAGCCCCAAAACCAGCACUUCUCUGGAAAAGGCUUCAUUCUUGGACAAGGUCUCACCCAGCAUCCUACGUAACUCCCGGCCCCGGCCUGCAUCCCUGGGCACGGGGAAAGACUUUGCAGGUAUCCAGGUGGGCAAGUUGGCUGACCUGGAGCAAGAGCAGAGCUCCAAGCGCCUGUCCUACCAAGGACAGAGCCGUGACAAGCUUCCUCGACCCCUUUGUGUCAGUGUCAAGAUUUCCCCAAAGGGUGUCCCUGGUGAACAUAGAAGGGAGGCCCUGAAGAAGCUGGGACUGCUGAAGGAGUAG